UUUUUUUUUUUUUUUUUUUUUUUUACAGUGCGAUACAUGCAUAUACAUUAUUCUUACGUUACUCUGGUUUUAUUGAAAUGAUUACUUUUACCCUCCACUUGAACAUAUCGGCAUAACUCUGACAUGCCGAUCGAACGAUCGGCGUGUGGGACCCCAAAAAAAAUGCCUCGAUUCGCUAUUUUACGAAAGAUAAAAGCACAAACUUCCUGUUUUUCACUGCCAUUUUUCCAAAGUAGGCACGUGUUUCGUAACAGUUGAAGAAAAAAAUCUCGCAAAAGCUCGUUCGUCGAAUCGUUACGUCACUUUUAGAAAAAAAACAACGAUCAGACACCGAAAGGCGAAAAAAAAAAAAGGGGGGGGGGGGGCGAUUUUUCUCUCGAGAUUGGCGUCGCCGGCAGAACCGAUAGAGCCGCUGACCCCGAGGCACCGAUAAGAAUCGCGCGACUCCGUGGGAACACCUCUGGAAGUGUCAAUGUUUUGCGCCAGCGACGCAGUAGCACACGCUCCACCAGUCUCGCCUCUCGCCCGGCUCCAGCUGAGGUUUCGUACUUUUGCCUAAAUUACUCCGGUACAUUAACACGAAUCAUCGAGUGCCGUUAAUUGCGCAACGGUCAGUCUUUUGUUCGUCCUCGUUUUAUCUCGCUCGCGCGGAAACGCGUUGGGUCAUUCAUCUCCGCUCGUCAAAAGACACCUCGCAUCGAUUGGCGGUGUGUGCGAUGGAGAGGAAGCAGGUGCCGCCUGGCUUGACGAGGACGUUCAAGUGGUUUCUGGCCGUCAACUUGUUGGUCAUGAUGUGUUUUUUCGUGUACGCCCUGGGCAGCCUGUACCUGCUGACUAAUGCCAUGCGAGUGCGGCCGGGCGAGCACCGGGGCCCGGUGUGGGUACCGGACAGCCAACCUUCCAACAAGACGUCCGACUUUGACGAGUGGCGCAGGUCCAUACGGCAGAGCCUCGACACCGGCGGUGCCUCGCGUAACUUGGACCUGCUUCUCGAGACCAUAUCGAGGGUCAUGCUCAACUUCUCCAACAGGACGUCGUCGAUGACCAGGAGUGAACUCCUCCUCGCUAACUUGACGAACUUGGAGAUGAGGCUCCUGCACGAGUACGCCAUGAUGACAAAGGGUGACGCUUCCAAGGACAGGACGAGGCCUCGCGAAGGAAUUGCCAAGCCUGACAAUACGGACGAAUUACGGUGAAGUUAUGACAAAUGAUGAUUGUAUGCCAGGUGUUGGUCGAUACUCCUGCCAACCUCGAAAUGGUCAUAUUGGACCAAAUUCUCUAAAAUCGUCGCCUAUAUAUAUGAGCCGAAAAAUAAUUCAUCACAUAUCUAAUGGAACUUGACGUUUAUUUUAUUUUUUUUUUUUUGUUUCUUACGAGGCACUGUAUAAAAUGCAUUGGAAAAUCUUAUUUAAGAAUGUACCGAUCUCGAAAUUAAAGAAAUUUUGUUAAAUGGUUACAGUUUGAUGUUACACUAACACGACAUUUGUGACAGGUGGGUGCAUUGCCGAUGAUACAUUUCUAGCUCUGAGUACCGAUUGUAGUAACUGGUGAUGUUAUAAUACAACUUAUGGUUUAAAAUCAUUUUUUCAAUCGCUCCUUAUAAAAUUAAUGCUCCAGAAAAAAUGAUGUACCAACAUUUUUAUGAAUGACUACUUUAGGAUAAAAAGAGUCAAAAUAUUGAAAAGUAGGUGUAUUUUAGUAUUUCAAUUUAAAUAUUUCGAAAUAAUAAUAAACAUGAAAA